AUGCAAGUCAGCUUGGCUCCGCGUACAAAAGGAUCAAGCGCCAAGCUCACGGUCAAGUCUUGGACACGUUGGGGCGACCUCGAGUUUUGUCGCAAGGAGGGCGCUACCUACUUUUACUUUGACAACAAUCAUUGGGACGGCAGGUAUGAAGCCGAGAGGCCGAGGCGUUUCCUAGACGCCUGGGAAGAUCUCCUAGAUCCGUCGGAACCUACUCGCUGGGCACUCUUCAUUUACGGUACGCACUCGGAAACAGAAGGACGGUAUGUGUGUAUCGUUGCUGUGCCUCAUCCAAAGACGCCCAACUGUUUCACAAGAUUUGGUAUCGGGCUUGCAUUGAACUCUGACUUCUUCGGAGACAUGGGAGAAACCGAUGCUGCGUAUGAAUCUCAGCGGUGCACCGAUGGACCGGAUUUCACGAUUCAAGACCUAGUCUGA